AGCUUUAAUACUAAGAGAAGUUCACUUCCUCUUUGGGCUCAUUUUAGAGAAGCAACAACAGGCUGUGUUUAACUUUCUUUUUGCAGUGUACAAAUGGACAGCAAAGUUCAAGGUGGUAAAGCAUACGGCCUCCUCAAGUCUCACCAAGAGGACAAACUAAACGCCAUCAAUGAGGCUUUUCUGUCUGAUGAGCAGUAUGCAGACGUGGAAGACCUUGCCUUCAAGCUCGACAUGUUCAAACAGAAAUACAUGGAGUUUGAUCUUAACGACAAAGGGGAUAUAGACAUGAUGGGCUUAAAGCGGAUGCUGGAGAAACUGGGACUGGCCAAGACUCACUUGGAGUUGAAGAAGAUGAUGUCGGAAGUGGUUGGAGGAACAUCCAAAGAGACAAUCAGUUACACUGACUUCCUAGAUAUGAUGCUGGGAAAAAGGCACGCCAUUUUGAAGCUAAUUCUCAUGUUUGAAGGUAUGAACAAGGACGAGAAGAGACGUGAGGGACCAGCUUCUCCCAAAAACUUCUCACAAUUGCCCUGAGGGAAUUUUCUCGAACACAUCAUAAGUUCCACUUAAUAUUGGGGAUCGACACAGGAAUCAAUUAUUAUUAUUAUUUUUUUUUUGUGGAAGUGAUUGUUGUUUAAUCUUGUCUUGAGGUGAAAAGUAGUUGAUUGCUUGGCUGGAACUAACAGCGGCCAUUUUGAUUCAGUCUCAACGAGUCUGUGUUGUGAAGAACAUGACGUCAGACAAGAUCGUGAGCUUGUGCAAUCGCGUUGAAAUAUCUGAAAACAUUUGAUGAAUGAUCAAUCUAUUUUCACCAUCGUCAUGGAAGUGGAUACAAAUGCCCACCUCUACCUAUACCUAUUAUGUAACCAUCGCAAAUUAUUUGUCAUGUAAUAUUUAGCCUACUUCCUCUAAUGAUUAUUUUUAUAUUGACAUAUAUAUAUGUAUAAAUGAAACAUGCCUUCGUUGCUCUUAAAAUAAGAUGUUCAAGAAUCAUAAAGAUUCAAUAUGAUGUAAGCCAGAUGAAACGUCUUAAUGUACACUAGGUUUGCUUUCAAAACAAAUCUAACAACUGUUUCUUUGUGUUGGAGAAACAAACAAAACAUUCAAGCCAUACCUACAAAAUGUCUUGCAAGGGUCAAGAAAUAGCUUGUUUCUUGCAAGUUUCGUGGAAAUCAAUUAUGAAUGUGUGUGCUUACAUAAAAAUGGUGAUUAAAGAUCUUUUCUGGAAAAAAUUGCCUCUGAAGUAGUAAUGAAACCUUGAAAUGCAAAGUUGUAAAAAUUCCCUAAACAUUCAAAACAAAUACUCAUCAAAUGAAAUAAAAAUGAGUUUGGUUGUUCAUCACAGUUCUUUCAUAAAUUCGAUGAAAAGUUGUGAAACAGAAUAAAGGAAGUACUUG